ACUCAUAACCUUUUCACCUUGUUUAGGCAGUUUAGAUGGAUUUCUGAAGGAAAAAAAAUAGGCGAUUACAGCAACCAAGUCGGCAUGGCAGAUAACUGGCAAACUUUACUCUCGGGACUCUUGUGGAGAGGAAAAAUCAUAAUGGAUGACGUGUUCGUGUGGUUGACACACUACGGAAGAGAAGCUUUGUCUGAUGCGUUGCCCGGUUUCUUAGGCGGAGUGUGCGAAAGCGACGCAAGAUUGGAUGAUAAAGUAGCCGUCAUAACCGGAUGCAGCGCCGGCAUCGGGAAGAUUACGGCACUUGAAUUUUGUAAACGAGGCGCUCGGGUGAUUAUGGCUUGCCGGGACCUAGAAAAAGCUCAAAAAGCAGCGGAUAUCAUAAUCAAAAAGGCGGCGCAAUUUGGAAACCCUGGACAAGUGAUAGUCAGAAAGCUGGAUCUGGCGUCUUUUAAAUCUGUUCGCGAAUGUGCGAAUCAGAUUUUGGCAACAGAGGAAAAAGUACAUAUACUGGUCAACAACGCGGGUGUGUACUGUCCUUGGAAAUUGACGGAAGAUGGACAAGACAUUUUGUAUCAAACCAAUUUUCUGGCACACUUUUUAUUCACCAUGCUCCUCCUUCCAAGAAUAAUCAGUGCUGCUCCUGCGAGAAUAAUCAACGUCAGUUCUCUGUUGUAUACAUGGGGAGAUAAAGAGACCAAUACUGACAUGGCCCCUAGAAAGAAAUCAUACAGCACGUUUUACGCGUAUGCAAGAAGUAAGCUAGCUGUUAUACUCUUUACGAAGAAGCUCUCUGAAAAGCUGAGAG